AUGGACCUUAUCUGGGAUGCCAUCCUGCUGCACCUGCUCGAGCUGUCCGUCCACGAGAGCGCAGGCGUGCGGGCGGUGGCGGUGGAUGCCAUCGACCGCGCCGUCAUGGCCGCCCUCUCCUCGCCCUCGCUGCACCGCCGCUCCUCCACCUCCUCCUCCUCCGCCCUCACCACUGCCGCAGCCUCUUCACAGGCCACUGAGGAGCAGCAGGGGGCGGAGGUUUGUCGGAAAGUCGGACAGGAGGGGGGCGAGGAGAGGGAGGGGCAGAAGGGGGAGGGCGAGGGGGAGGGGCGGGGAGAGGUGGCGCUGGAGGAGAUGGUGGUGGGCGCUGUGAGCUCCCUGUGGCGCGAUGGGCGCGAUGCAGAGGUGAAGGCAGGCGCCCUGCGCAUCCUGCUGCACAUGCUGGAGGUGAUCAUCUGCAUUGCCCCUCCCAUCACUGCCUGUCUGCAGCGCCAUGGGGAGAAGCUGCACUCCACAUGGCCCACUGUUCUCCACCUCCUAAGGAUGGUAGCAGAGACGAAUGACAAGGACCUCGUGGGCCUUGCCUUCCAGAGUGAGCUGGUGGUGGUCAACGACUGCCUCUCCUCCAUUCCGCCUCACACCCUUCAACUGUGUGUGGAGGUGGUGGGGGCGUUUGCGGGGCAAGUGGCGGAUGUGAACAUCUCUCUCACGUCCGUGGGGCUGCUCUGGACCAUGGCUGACUUCUUUGCUCGAGGCCUCGACCAUGCCACCACCACACACCGCACUGCCACCUUUUCCACCCUACUCAACCAGUGCGACCCUUCCUCCUCCUCCUCGACAUCUUCCGCAGCAACCCCUCUCUCCUCCGCCUCCUCUGCCACGCCCCUUCCAUCGACGGCACCAGCAGCAGCAGCAUCGGCACUGAAGCUGCCAGCGUCAGCCACACCCUCCACCUUCACUAGGAUCCACAGAAAGCCAGCUCACACAGAUGCAGGGGGGACCAAACGGGGAGAGGGGGGUGAAGGGACCGAGGUGGGCGGAGGGCAGGGGAGGGGAUCCGGCAGCGGGAGGAUGCUGGACGAGCGGAGCAGCGCACUGCUGCUGGCGGUGCUGUGUGUGAUGGAGGCGCGUGCCAAGGACGGGCGGCCGGAGGUGCGCAACGCGGCCAUGCGCACGCUGUUCCAGACGGUGGUCAGCCACGGCGCCAAGCUGCCGCCCGCCUCGUGGCGCCACUGCCUCUGGGACCUCAUCUUCCCCCUCAUCGACUCCGUGCGCUCCCUUGCGGCCACGGCAUCGAGAGACGAGGCGCCGGGGACGGAAAUAGGGCGGCAGGGGGGGAGGAGUGUGAUGAUGCUGGUGCACCACAGUCGCAACACGGCGCAGAAGCAGUGGGAUGAGACGCUCGUCAUGGCGCUCAACGGCCUUGCCCGCCUCAUUCGUGCCUUCUUCCCACUGCUGCAUACCAUGGACAACUUCCGGGAAGCAAGCAAGGCCGCCUCUUUCAUCUCAAUGUUCUCUUUCACUCUUCUCCACCAGCUUUCCCUUUGCUCCUCCCAAACCGCCUCCCCAUGCCCACUCCCCCACCCCCCCGAUGCCAUGGUGGAGGCAGUGUGGGGUGCACUGCUGCAGUUCGUGGAGGAGGGCGUGCUGACCGGCAGCCGAGAAGUCAGUUCUGCUGCUGCCAGCACCCUGCAGACCAUCAUGCUCACACAUGCCACCAAGGUGACCAUCAUGCUCACCCAUGCCACCAAGGUGACCAUCAUGCUCACCCAUGCCACCAAGGUGACCAUCAUGCUCACCCAUGCCACCAAGGUGACCAUCAUGCUCACACAUGCCACCAAGGUGACCAUCAUGCUCACACAUGCCACCAAGGUGACCAUCACGCUCACACAUGCCACCAAGGUGACCAUCAUGCUCACACAUGCCACCAAGGUGACCAUCAUGCUCACCCAUGCCACCAAGGUGACCAUCAUGCUCACACAUGCCACCAAGGUGACCAUCAUGCUCACACAUGCCACCAAGGUGACCAUCAUGCUCACACAUGCCACCAAGGUGACCAUCAUGCUCACACUAUGCUAUUUGCGCUAUGGCUAUGCAUCCCACUACUCCAUGCUGACCUCACGCCGUUCUGCCUUGCCCCAUCUGAUGCACCAUGGCGAUGCAUGUGUGACCGCAUCCCCACCCACCCCCCACGUGCCAUGGAGGCAGGGCAGCAUCCCGCGGCACUACUGGGACAGCAGCAUGGACGCGUACGAGCUGCUGCUGCGCGACAGCACGGCGCCGGCGUCCGUGGUGGCGGUGCGCACGCGGCAGAAGCUGGUGGAGGACCUGGGCGAGGUGUACAGCACGGCGGGCCUCGCCUUUGAGGACCACGACUACCUGCGCCUGCUCGCCUGUGUGGACGUCAUGGCCCGCUGCCCCGUGCUGCCCUCCGAACCCCCUCCCCUCGCUGGCACGCUGCCCCAGGUGCAGCGCACGGUGCUGGAGGUGCUGCCGCGCGUGCAGCCCUCUGCGCACGCGCAUCUGUGGCCCGCGCUGCUGCAGCAGCUGCUCGCCUACCUGCCGGGCGGGGACCGCCUGCUCUGCCCGCACUGCCGCGUGCCGCCGCGCUUCCUGUCCGAGGCCACGCAACGCCACGCCCCAAAGGUUUCCCUGGGUGGCGUUGCAGGGGGUGUGGAUGGCACGGGAGGGGACAGCGGUGUUGGUGAAGGGAGAGGAGGGGGAGGAGGAAACGAUGGUGGGGAUGCGGGCGAAGCAGGCAGCGAGGAAAUCGAUAGUCAAGGAGGGGACGCAGGAGGUGCCACACAAGCUGCCGGCAACGGCAGUAGCAGCCGGACGACAUCAUUCGGCCUAUCUCUGGGCGGCAAGGUGCAGCUGUUUGCGCCAGCAGCGGUGUACGUGCCGACAUCAGGCAACCCCACGGGGUCGUUCAUGCUGAGCUACCCCGUCACGGCGCCCGGCGCCCUCUCACCCGCACUGCAGGACCGCGUGGUGGCGCUGCUGCUGGAGCUCUUCCUCAACGCGCCCCCAGAGGCCCGAGACACCGUCCUGCCCGACCUCGUUGCUGCUCUCGGCAGGUGUAUGCUCAUCCGCCGCACCUCGCCUGACCUUCAGCUGUGGCGCACGGCCGUGGCCACGCUCUCAGACAUCCUCAAACACGCCCUCCCGCCUGACCCCCCUCUCACAACACACGCCAAUCACACCUCUCCUUCAGACCCUCUGGCUCCUCCUGCACGCCCAUCCUCACCCACGCAUGCCUCUUCCACACACCACCACACCAAGCACCAGCAUGAGCCACAUAAGGAAGUUGCCAAGGAGGGCAACGGUGCAGUGGGCGGCAGCAGUGAGGGGGGGGGAGCACGGCAGCGCAUGUGGCAGGAGCUGGCGGCGGUGGUGGAGCAGUUCGUGCUCGGCACAUGCGGCACCGCCCUGCUCGCAGACCUCCCCUCCCCGGCGCCCCAGCCCUCGCCAGCACCACCCCCAGGCCAUUCCCCCCGACGCUCCCCCAGAGUGGGGGGAGGGGAGGGCGCAGGGGGCAGUCCGCGGAGAAGAGCUGCUCCUGGCAGCGGCGGUGGCAGCGGGGCAGGGCGGGCACCAGGGGCCGGGGGAGCAGCCGUGCCUGCUGGGAGGGGGGCGGGGGAGGCAGAGAGUAGUGACUGGGGCACAGGCAGCGAGGGGAGGGGCGGAGGAGGCGCGGGCAGCAGUGGGUGGGCGGGGGAGGCGGGGUCGACACGGGGAGUGUCGGAGCUGCUUACUCGCGAGGUGGUGGAGGCGGAUGAGAUGCUGGAGGCGCUCUUCCUUGACACCCUCUGCACCCGCGUGCUCACCCACUGCUAUGACGCCCCCCACAAGGUGCCCACUGCCAUGACGCCCCCCAUAAG